AGCUGAGGCGGGAUCGGGGCCGGGAUCUGGAUCGGGAUCGGGAACGGGAACGGAGCCGGGAUCGGGAUCGGGAACGGAGCCGGGAUCGGGAUCGGGAACGGAGCCGGGAUCAGGAUCGAGACCUGGAACGGGGCCGGGAUCAGGAGCAGGAGCUGAGCCGGGAGCGGCCCCGCGACCCUGGCCAGGCCGAGAUGUACGCGGGGCUGCAGGAGCUGGGAGUGGCCAAUGGCGAGGACCUCAAGGAGACCCUCACGAACUGCACGGAGCCUCUGAAGGCCAUCGAGCAGUUCCAGACGGAGAACGGGGUGCUGCUGCCCUCGCUGCAGUAUGCCCUGCCCUUCCUGGACCUGCACGGCACCCCCCGGCUCGAGUUCCACCAGUCCGUGUUCGAUGAGCUGCGGGAAAAGCUGCUCGAGAGGGUCUCUGCCAUCGCUCUGGAGGGRAAGGUCGAGGAGAGAUACAAGAAGCUGGAAGAUCUCCUAGAGAAGAGCUUUUCCCUGGUCAAGAUGCCCUCAAUACAGCCUGUGGUCAUGUGUGUCAUGAAGCACUUGCCCAAGGUCCCUGAGAAGAAGCUGAAGUUGGUGAUGGCUGAUAAGGACCUGUACAAAGCCUGUGCUGUGGAGGUGAAGAGGCAGAUCUGGCAGGACAACCAGGCUCUCUUUGGGGAUGAGGUGUCRCCCCUACUGAAGCAAUACAUCCUGGAGAAGGAGAACAUUCUCUUCAGCAAUGAUAUUUCCUUCUUGCAAAAUUUCUUCAGUCCGUCUCCCAAAACGAGACGUCAAGGAGAGGUGGUGCAGAAGCUGACCCAGAUGAUUGGGAAGAACGUGAAGCUCUAUGAUAUGGUGCUGCAGUUCCUGAGGACAUUGUUCCUUCGCACCAGGAAUGUCCAUUACUGCACGCUGAGGGCAGAGCUCCUGAUGUCAYUGCACGACCUGGAGAUCAGUGAGAUCUGCACUGUUGACCCCUGUCACAAGUUCACCUGGUGCCUUGAUGCCUGCAUUCGGGAGAAGUUCGUGGACAACAAGAGAGCUCGGGAGCUGCAGGGGUUCCUGGAUGGAGUGAAGAAAGGACAGGAACAAGUGUUGGGGGACUUAUCAAUGAUCCUGUGUGAUCCCUUUGCCAUUAACACCUUAGCCUUGAGCACCAUAAGGCACCUGCAAGACCUGGUUGGGCAGGACACCUUACCCAGGGAAAGCCCAGAUCUGCUGCUGCUCCUUAGGAUGCUGUCUUUGGGACAGGGGGCCUGGGACAUGAUUGACAGCCAAGUCUUCAAGGAACCAAAAAUGGAAGCUGAGCUGAUCACCAGGUUCCUGCCCCUGCUGAUGUCCUUUGUGGUGGAUGACCACACCUUCACUGUGGAUCAGAAGCUGCCCUCAGAGGAGAAGGGACCAAUCCCCUACCCCAGCACCAUUCCUGAGGCUUUCACCAAAUUCCUGCAGGAGAACAGAAUAGCUUGUGAGAUUGGGCUGUAUUACAUCCUUCACAUCACCAAACAGAGGAACAAGAAUGCUUUCCUUAGGCUCCUGCCAGCACUAGUUGAGACAUUCAGUGACUUGGCCUUCAGUGACAUUUUCCUGCAUCUGCUCACUGGUAACCUCACCCUGCUGAGYGAUGAGUUUGCACUUGAGGAGUUCUGCACCAGCCUCUUCGAUGGCUUCUUCCUCACUGCCUGCUCCAGGAAGGAGAACGUGCACAGACAUGUGCUCAGGCUGCUGCUGCAUCUGCAUCACAAAGUGGCCCCAGCCAAACUAGAAUCUCUCCAGAAGGCCUUGGAACCCACCAAGCAGAGUGGGGAAGCUGUGAAGGAGCUUUACAACCAACUGAGUGAGAAGCUGGAGCUCCGCAAGCCCAGCCCAGCUGAAGUGACUGAGACCCCCUCCAUGGAGCUGCCCCUGCCCACCGUGCCCACUCCAGCCUCACGCUGAGCUGUGGCUGCACAGCAGGACUGACAGGAGAGGAACUGACCCUGUGCUGCCUUCUGAGCAUCUCUGCCCACAUGGUGGAAACAAAAGCCACUGAAGCUCCUUCAGGAAACGCUGCAGUUUGCCUGACUCACUGGCUCGUGCUGGUUAGAAAGCUGUAUGCAGUGCAUUGCAAGGUUUACUUUUCUUAAAGAUAGCUGAGUGUCUUCUUGUAGAUCCACUUAAAAUCUGACUGUACAUUUUUUUUUAAAAAAAAAAAAAAGAAAAUGCGUAUUUUUAAACU